AUGUCUGGGGAAACAGACAGGUCAAGUACCAUUAAGAUCAUGAAAGAUGCUGCUGUGGCUAGAACUUAUGAUGCUGAUGGGCUCAGAAGAAGAGCUGCUUGUCUCUGCUUCAAAGACAGGACAGAAAAAGAGAUCUUACUGAUAAGUUCCACUCAUGAUGUAGAGAAGUGGAUUGUACCAGGAGGGGGGAUUGACCCAGGGGAAGAGUCGGUUGUGGCCGCUGAAAGAGAAGCUCUAGAAGAAGCUGGUGCUACAGGUGUUGUUGAUAGACUUCUGGGCAUCUUUGAGAACAAGGAGAAGAACACACGUACAUGGGUGUAUGCAUUCUAUGUUGUACAUUUGGAAGACCAUUGGACGGAAUCCAAGAGUUUAGACAGACGACGGCAGUGGUUUCCCCUGAACGAUGCUAAAAAGGUGCUCUCCGCUCACAAGCCACUGCAGGUCAGUUACAUUAAUGUGGCCGAGGGCAUGCAGAUCACACCAUAA